UCCUAAGAUAAUUGAGCCGCAGACGUUGUUAUAUAAAUAAAUAAAAUUAUCUCUGAUACAGCUGCUGAGGGAGUGACAAUAAUUUGGCGUCUUCCCUCUUUUUACUGUGGUAAAGCACCGCUCUCUAUGUUUUCCUCUUGUAGAAAAUCGUGAAAACGUAAAUGUGGAGAUUUUAUUUUUUUGUCGCUGUUGGAGCAAACAGAAUCUACUGCAGAUGACUUCAUGAACUGCUUGCCCUGUUCAUCCUAAUCAAAUUGACACCAUUUAGGUUUUGCCAUGGCAGAUGGUGUGGACCUCACCCAAAAGUUUGUGUCAGAGUCUGAACUUGAAGAGAAGCGAAAGAAAAGACAAGAAGAAUGGGAGAAGGUCCGCAAGCCAGAUGAUCCAGAGGAGGUCCCAGAAGAAGAGUAUGACCCCCGAUCUCUGUACGAAAGGCUACAAGAGCAGAAAGACAAGAAACAGGAGGAAUAUGAUGAGCAGUUCAAAUUCAAGAACAUGGUUAAAGGUCUGGAUCAAGACGAGAGCAGCUUUCUUGACGAAGUGUCACGGCAACAGUAUCUUAUAGAGAAACGCAGGCGAGACGAGGAAGCUCAGGAGAUUAAAGAAUACAGGAGUGCUCUGCAGAAGCUGACGAGCACAGAAAGCCAAAAGAAGGAGCCAGAAAAAAAAGCAGGACCUAAAUCAACAGAACACAAGUCCAGUCACCUGUCUCAGGCUCAUCUGUUGGCUGGGGCAGUCAAACGACGCAGCUCGUCUCUGUCCUCAGAAGGAAGUAAAAAGCUGAAAGUGGAAGCGACAGUUGCCGGCAAUGGCAGUCAAACAGAGCAGGAGGCAGGUGAGCCCAAAUCCCUUGGUGCGGGUGUGACUCGCUCAGGCGUUCUACAUCUGCCCUCCGCCGCUGUAUGUGUGGGCAUCCUGCCAGGGCUAGGAGCUUACUCGGGCAGCAGCGAUUCAGAGUCCAGCAGCGACAGCGAAGGUAGCGUGGACAAGAUUGGCUCUCCCAUAAAGUGCCACAGGCUCUUCAGAUAGACACAUUUACUAAUCACACUCACUUACUCUCACUCUCUCCUUUAAAACUUGUGCUGCCCAAGGCUCGGGCUCCGCCCCCUUGCCUACUCGGCGGUGUGGAGCACAAAUCAGUAACUAAAAUGAUUUAGCUCCUUAAGUAUUUCUAAUUUCAGCUCAAUGUUCUGUGUUUAAAGUUUGAAUUAGUCUGUUUAAUUUUUUGCUUGAUGUUUAUUAAAGGCGUGGUAAUGUUAACUUGAAUUGUGGUUGUUGUUGAUGUGUUAUACUCUCAAAACAUGACAAUUCCCCCAUCCUCCUCAUAUUACGUUCCAUACAGUUUAAAAACCUGGCAGCUUAACCUGGUGACGCACCUGCCCACCUGCCCCUGCGGCUUCUGCAGAGCUAGUGGCCAAGGGGACAAUGACUGACUGACUGACAUCCGAGGAUCAAGAAGGCUGCUAAAUGAAACAUUUAGACAAAAUCUCUGAUAUCAUCACAAGACAAAUCAGACAUAUUGUGGGCGGUGCUUGUUUGAAGAUGUUUAAAUGUCUUUGUUGAGUUUUAUGUUUCUUUGAUUUAUUUUAUUUUAUUUUUUAAAAACGAAACGCUGCAAUGUGAAAAGCUGGAACUUUGCCCUUUAAGGACACAAAAUGUGUGUGUGUGACAUUUCGCUGGAAUGAAAAUGAGAAUGAAAUGAGAAUA